AUGCUGGGUUUUGAAGGUGAUAUCAGUGAUGAGGAGUGGCAGCUCUCCCGACGACGGCGGCGGGCGCACGCACGGAAUGCAGCGGUGCGGGGCGCGGGCGGCGGCCGUUGCUGCCGCGGCGACGAUCGCUGGUGCCCGCCGCUUCGCCAGUCAGCCGCGCGCCACCCGACUAGACUGUUGUACGAGCGGCCCAACGCCCGACACCUCCGCACGCAGGUAUGUCUCAAACAUGACCUUCACCAUACCUCGCCCGAAACCGUAUCGGCGCACUCGUUGACGCCGACUGGUUUUUUCCUCGGUGGUUUCACCCGUCCAGAAAUAGCCGUUGACCGUUCGGAUACGAAUACCUCCUCGGUGCCGACGGUUCCCGCCGAUAUACACUCGCCAUAUGAGAUUCGCCGAUCGCGUACCGGUCAACGCUUCUAUGUCUUUAUCAGUGUUACAUAUUUAUUAUUUGUCGGUGCGGUGAGGUCAGCGAGCGCGCGAGCCGAUGUAUGCUUUAUCACGAGAGACUUAGGGUCGCUACGAGCCGACGUUACGACCUCGGCUUAUGCUCUGUCUUUGCUCUGCUCUUGCGUCGUCACUAUUUAA